AUGGCCAUGAUCGGUAACGAAAUUUCUCGUCAUUCCUCCGAUAACCUCCAAUCGAGUCGGCUCCCGGUCUCUUCGCCUUGGAACCAGGUAGUUCGCGGCGAAUCGGAGUUUGUUCCCGCCGUUUCUUCAUCGGCGCCGUCGGAGGAACCUUUUCCGUCCGCAACUACGGUCGUUGAUUAUACUAGCUCUGUUUUGGAGACCUCCGAUAACGGAGGUGAGCACAAUGGCGGCACUGAUAAGAGACCUGCUUGGAAUAAACCUUCCUUCAAUGGUGCAGCUUCGGAGGUACGGCCGGUCAUGGAUGCACACUCUUGGCCAGCGUUGUCUGACUCGGCUAAAGCUUUUACGAAAUCGGAGUCAUCAAAGGGUUUGUUAGACGGAUCUUCUGUUCCUCAAUCGCAGGGUAUGGAAAGCACACCUUCUUCCUCUUCCCAGAUGCAGAGACAAGUUGAAGAUCAUGUAAAUUUAAACAAUAUGGCACCAACUCGCCAGAAACCAAUCAAACACAACAGUUCAAAUGCCUCUUCUAACGGGGUCCACACACAGCAGUCUGCCCCCCAAGUUGCUGUAGUUUCAACUGGAUCUCACAACUCUUUUUCCAAAGACCAUACACAGAGAAGUGGGUCAUUGUCCAGUGAUCAUCCACAGCAGCGUAAUUCAUUUAGAAAUCGUAGUAAUGGUCCGCAUCAGCGUGGAGAUGGUUCUCACCAUCAUAACUAUGGGAACAGGCGUGAUCAAGACUGGAAUAGUCGUCGAAAUUUCAAUGGUAGAGACAUGCAUGUGCCUCCAAGAGUUUCUCCAAGAAUAAUAAGGCCAUCCCUGCCUCCUAAUUCUGGACAAUUUAUUCAUCCACAAUCAUUGCGGCCUUUUGGUGGUCACAUGGGAUUCCAUGAACUAGCACCUCCAGUGGUAUUUGUCGCAGCUCCACCUCCACCGCCACCCCUGGAUUCACUAAGAGGUGUUCCCUUUGUGCCUCCAAUGGCACAUCCAGCACUUUAUUAUGCAGGGCCAGACCCUCAGUUGCAUAGUAUGAUAGUUAGUCAGAUUGAGUACUAUUUUAGUAAUGAAAAUUUAGUUAGGGAUACAUUCUUGCGGCAGAAAAUGGAUGACCAGGGCUGGGUUCCAAUAAAACUAAUUGCAGGUUUCAAAAAAGUCAUGCUUUUGACCGACAAUAUCCAGCUUAUAAUGGAUGCAGUUCGAACUUCAUCUGUUGUUGAAGUGCAGGGAGACAAACUAAGGAGGAAAGUUGAUUGGAAAAAAUGGAUCAUACCUCCUCCUGUUCAGUUUCAUAAUGUUGAAACUCCAGGUGUGCUGACUUAUGACGUGCUCUCAGAAGAAGUGCACAACAUUUCCCUAGAGACCACUAUCUAUGCUGGUGCUGGAGGACUAGUUCUACCAGAUAGCAUAAGUACUGGCCAAGUUGGUCAUCAUGACUCAGAUAACUCUAUUUCAACGAGAAAUUGA